UUUGUUAAUUUUUUGCUUAAAUUUAUUUUUCAUCUACCAUUGAAUUUGAGGUGUCUUUUUCUUUCACCUGAUUGAAUCACACUGUGAUCUCUCUCUCUCUCUCUCUCUCUUGUUUUGCUUGUAUUUCCGAGUAUGGGGCUCCUUAGACUUUGCCUCAGCCCAAUUCCACCAUGGGUUCUCUCCCAGCACCACCAUUAUUCUUUUCUUUAAAUGUAAGGUCUGAACAACACUUGCUUCCUUAUUUAUACACAAAUGGGCUCAUAUAUGCACAGUAGGACAGAGAGAGAGCUAUAUGAAUAACAGCUAGACAAGUAUUAUGAGGGAUGAAACUUAAAAUUCGAGUGGCGAAACGAAAGGGAGUCUGCACUGAUGGUUUAAAGAUGCAGUCUUUUUUUGGUCUUUUCUAGUAUAUAGAUGCUUAGAUUGUUGGAGGGUUCCCUUUUAGCUGUUAUGAACAGUGCAAGAUUUUGAAAAUUCUCUGGGAUUUGCGGUUGUGGGACACUGAAAAGAUUACAUAGAAAGUAGGGACAGCAGAAGUGCACUACGGAAGAAGAAACAAACAAAAAGCUGAACUGGGAUUUUGAUGUUGUGGGCAACAAACAUCAAGAAAGGGUGAAAAUGAUGUCUUCGGGAAUAAAUUUGGUGAUGACAGUGAUUGGGUUUGGUAUGAGUAUUAUGUUCAUAGUAUUUGUCUGUACAAGGCUUAUUUGUGCUCGAAUAUAUUUGAGUGUUUCCAGGAGGUCUUCUGCCAGGGCAUCUGGAUCUGAUCUUGGCAUUUUGGAGAGGGGUAUUCAUGGUCUUGAACCUCUUGCGCUGGCCGACUUCCCUACAAAGAAGUACAGAGAAUUAUGCUUGUCCUCAAAAGAAAAUGCUCAUCGCAGGUGCACCAUAUGCCUGUCCGACUACCAUGAGGAGGAUACACUGCGUGUCCUGCCCGUCUGCGGACAUUCCUUUCAUGCAAUGUGCAUCGACAUAUGGCUGCAGCAGCACUCCACAUGUCCAGUAUGUCGAAUCUCUCUCCGUCAACCUUCCGAGAGAAAGUGGUUCAUGCAGCCAAUGUUUAGCUCAGCUCUCCGAUCUCAGUACACUAUGCAACCCAUAAAUGCACAUUAUUGUCAUUGCAUGGCGAACGGACACAGGCGUUCGCCAAGAUCCAUUGACAACGAGAUUAUCGACCCCAUCCAGGAGGUCGGCUGUCACUUAGAAGGUGACGGGAAUGACAUUGGACAUAGCAACGCCGUCUCCAUCAAUCAUGAACAGAGUAUCAAAACUUCGGGAAAUAGAAAAGUAGGGAGCCCGUCGUGCCAGUAAAAGUUUUUCGACCACAACUGCUGCUGCUGCCGGUCCUGAUCACCCUUUUUCUAAAUUGUUUCACCUCUGCAUUUCUGUAAAUAAGUCGUUAGUGUUAUUUCUUUGUCUUAGCUUCUUUUUCUUGUUUUCCCUUUUUCUCUCGUGUAGACAGAAGUUUUCUCAGUUCAGUUUAGAAAGUAGAAUGGUAUGAAAUUUGCUACAUGUUUGGGGGAC